UACCAGAUCAGUUAUGUUAUGUGGUUGUCAAAAGAGCUGCAAGUAGUACUUUCAUCUAUAUUGUUCACUCUUCAAAUAAGGAAACUAUUGACUCAUUUCUAAUCUCACCUCUUUUGGACAAAGGUAUUUCAGUAUCUGUAGACAAGAUGGAACCAACUCCAUUUAACAGACGGCAAUGGACUUCUCUAUCGUUGAGGGUUACAGCCAAAGAACUUUCUCUUGUCAACAAGAACAACUCAUCGGCCAUUGUAGAAAUAUUCUCCAAGUACCAGAAAGCAGCGGAAGAAGCAAACAUGGACAAGAAGAGAAGUAACACUGAAAAUCUCCCCCAGCACUUUAGAAGGGGGAACCUGACUGCAUUAAGGAAGAAGUGGGAGAACCCAGUGCCGGGAGCCUUCUCUCUUCCAGACUCAGUGCGAAACAGCAGCGCAGAGGGCAGGCACAGAGACGACCCUCCUCCCGCUGAAGUGGUGGGCAGCUCUGCCUCUGGGGUCCAGGCUGACCAAGAGGAGCAAGUCCAACCCAGACCUAAGAUCAGAUCGCCUCCUGAAGCUCCUACUAAGUACCCGCACCCCCGCAUCAAGGACAGAGAGCAUCUUAAAGACCCCUCAACAGAAAAUAAAAAGAUGGAAAAUUGUCUGGGAGAAUCCAGACAUGAAGUAGCAAAACCCGAAAUGAGUGAAAACGCAGAAACUGCAAACAAAAUAGAGAAAUACAAUGUUCCGCUGAACAGGCUGAAGAUGAUGUUUGAGAAAGGUGAACCAACUCAAACCAAGAUUCCUCGGGGCCAAAGCCGAAGUGCAGGUGGAAGGAAGAUGUCUGAAAAUAGCUAUUCUCUGGAUGACUUGGAAAUAGGCCCAGGUCAGCUGUCAUCUUCAGCACUCAACUCAGAGAAAAGAGAGAGUAGGCGAAAUCUAGAAUUCCCACGCCUGUCAGAAACCUCCAUAAAAGAUCGAAUGGCCAAGUACCAGGCAGCUGUGUCCAAGCAAAGCAGUUCUGCGAGCUAUACAAAUGAGUUGAGAGCCAGUGGUGGUGAAAUCAAAACUCAUAAAUUGGAGCAAAAGGAGAAUGUGCCCCCAGGUCCUGAGGCCUGCAUCUCCCAUCCAGAUGGAGAAAAGGUUUCUGCAUCUGAGAAUAGCCUGGCAACCCAUUCCACCCCUGCUGAAGAUGAUUCCCCAGGUAACUCCCAGCUCAAGAGUGAGGGCCAGCAGCCUGUGCAUCCCAAGCCGCUAAGUCCAGAUGCCAGAGCCUCCAGCCUUUCUGAAAGUUCUCCUCCCAAAGCAGUGAAGAAGUUUCAGGCACCUGCAAGAGAGACCUGCGUGGAAUGUCAGAAAACAGUCUACCCGAUGGAGCGUCUCUUGGCCAACCAGCAGGUGUUUCAUAUCAGCUGCUUCCGUUGUUCCUAUUGCAACAGCAAGCUUAGUCUAGGAACAUAUGCCUCUUUACAUGGGAGAAUCUAUUGCAAACCUCACUUCAAUCAACUCUUUAAAUCUAAAGGUAACUAUGAUGAAGGCUUUGGACACAGACCACACAAGGAUCUGUGGGCAAGCAAAAAUGAAAACGAAGAGACAUUGGAGAGACCAGCCCAGCUUCCAAAUGCAGCGGAGACCCUUCAGAGCCCAGGGGUAGAAAAUGCCCCCAUUGAGAAAGUGGGUGUGCUAACUGCAAGUAUGGAAGCCAAGGCCUCCUGCCCACUGGAGAGGGAAGACAAGCCAGCUGAAACCAAGAAGCUGAGGAUCGCCUGGCCACCCCCCACUGAGCUUGGCAGUUCAGGAAGUGCCCUGGAAGAAGGGAUCAAAGUAUUGAAGCCUAAGUGGCCGCCUGAGGAUGAAAUUAGCAAGCCUGAAGCUCCUGAGGAUAUAGACCUGGAUCUGAAGAAGCUAAGACGCUCUUCUUCUCUGAAGGAGAGAAGCCGCCCAUUCACCGUAGCAGCUUCAUUUCGAACCUCUUCAGUCAAAAGCCCAAAAGCCUUGUCCCCCCCUAUCAGGAAAGGCUGGAGCAUGUCAGAGCCAAACGAGGAGUAUGGAGGAGGUGUAGCAGCAGAAAGGAAACACAUGGAAAAUGCCAGCGCCUCUGAGAAGAAUGAGAGUGUGGGGAAAGCAACCUGGCCCAACAAGGGAUCUAAAGGAGGGGAGGCUGGGCGGAGAAGUAAGGAGAUUCACAGUUUUGAGAUGGGGAGUGAAAAUCUUAUAGAGAAUGGUGCAAACUUAGAUGAAAGUGAUAAAAACCUCCUCAAAAAGCAGUCUCCACUAGAACCCAAGUCAAAAACUUGGUCUAGCUAUACAGACAACCCCUCCACUAAAGAAUUCACUACUCAAAAUCAGAAAUCCCAGGAUGUGGGAUUCUGGGAGGAAGAAGUAGUUGAAGAGCUGUCUGUAGAGGAACAGAUAAAGAGAAAUCGGUACUAUGAUGAAGAUGAAGAUGAAGAAUAACAAAUUGCAAUGAUGUUGGGCCUUACAUUUAUGUGAGUGUCAGUGAGUUACUGCCCUUAUCAAAGUGAUACACAUAAACAGCUGUCUCAGCAUGAACUGAAAUUUAUGAGGAAGUAACUUUGGAAGAGAGUUCCUGCUUCAAAAAAAAAAAUCCCAUACUGCAGCUUAAGUGAACCAAUUCUAAACGCUAGAGAUAACAUCACUUAAAUCCUCUAUUUUAGCAAUGAUGAUAUACACAACUGCUUUAAGGUCUUUUGGGGGCAGGAGUAUGUAUGGCGGAGUGGGGGGGGGGCGGAUAUUCCAACUGAUAAGGUCCAGAUUUCACUGUAUUCCUGAAAGACAAUAUGAAAAUAGAGAGAUGAUUAGUAGUGCACUGUUCCACUAAAAAUUCAAUUAUGGAAUGAGCAGAAGGGAUUUAGGGGCCUAAAUAUUAUAACUGAAUGCACUUUAGUAUAAAGGGCACAGUUUGCAUAUUUUUACAUGAAUACCAAUUUAUUGUUUAGUAUUCCUCUGCUAAGAGAUUAAAUAUUUAGUCUUUUUUAAAAAAUUAGGUUAAUUUUCUUACUCUGAUGUAUAUGGGGGAUUUAUUGCUUACUCUGAUAUAUAGGGGGGUUUAUUGCAUCCUGCUUUCUAGACCACAUCCUGAACCUAGAGUAUUGAGAUACAGCACAACCAUCUUUUCAGAGUACCUUUUGAGCACCCUUGGUGCCUGGAGGGAUUCAUUGUGUCCCAAAUAAGCUAUGGUAUUUGCCAAUGAGUAUGACCACACCCCAAGUGACUGCUUUCUUCUCUGGUGGUCUCUGUAUUUCUCAUAAUUUACUGAAAGCUGCAAUAUUUUUAUAAGAUCUUUUAUAUUUGCCAUGUUGCAUAUUAGAGCAAAGUGAUGAGUUUAAAGGAGGAAUAACAAAAAAGAAAAAGAUGCCUUAAACCACUUGAGUUCAGACCCCCCCCCCCACCCCUAUAAUUCUACUUCUGAUAUCCCCUUUCUGGGACAUUAGUUUUUGAAUACUUAUAAGUUCUGAAAUGUAUAGAUUUUUAUGGCAGACAGUAUUCCUAGGAUGCAAUUAAACCAAUUAUAGGCCUUUCUUGAGAGAUGAUUUUCUAGUAUUAAGGUUUUGGAAAAAUAUAAACUUGAGUACAUUUGUUGUACAUAAUUGAUAUUCCAAAUUGUAUUUUGGCGGGGAGAGAAGCAUUUUAAGCUAUAGGCUUUACUUUAUACAGCUUUUUUCGAGAUUUAGCUCUGAUGUUUUUUAGAGAUGUAAAAAUAUUCUGCUUUCUUACAGUCUUGCUUACUCUGAAACAUUUUUAUUCAAUAAAGCUUUUAACUGACAUUUGAA